GUUUGACGCCGUGUUCGUGGCAAGUUGGUGUAUUUAUUGUGAUUUUAUUUUGUUGUUAAGUUACCGCCAAUUUGCAUUACUAUUGCUGUACUACACGUAUUAAAUUAUUCUUUGUUUAUAAACUAUGAAUGGAAUGAAGCUAUUCGGUGGUGUUGAGGGAGGCGCCACACAUUCAAAUUUGGUGAUAUGCGACGGAACAGGGAAGGUGGUUGGCCGUUCAAAAGGACUCGGCACAAAUCAUUGGAUCCUCGGUAUUGAAGAAUGUGCCAAUAGAAUUAUACAUAUGGUGGAGAUGGCGAAGGACGACGCUGGUAUACCACGCGAUGUGCCUUUGGAUUCUUUAGGUUUAACAUUAUCCGGGUGUGAGCAAGAAAGCAGUAACACCGAACUAGCUAGAAAGGUCAAAGAAAUGGACAAGUAUUGUGCUCAAGAGAUCAUCGUAGCGUCAGAUACCGCUGGGUCACUAUUCACAGGCGCUACUAAUGGUGGAAUGGUGCUAAUUGCUGGUACUGGGUCGAACGCUUUGCUGAGGACGCCAGAUGGCCAGGAGUAUGGAUCUGGUGGAUGGGGAUACCUUCUUGGUGAUGAAGGCGGUGCAUACUGGAUUGCGCAUAGAACGAUCAAGAUCAUAUUCGACGAUAGUGACGGUUACCGCCCCUCCCCCCACCCCACGGAGAAAGUGUGGGAGUUGGUGAAGAAAUACUUCAAAGCCGAGACAAGAGCUGACUUGCUACCGUACGCGUACAAGCACUUUGAGAAGAGUUUCUUUGCGGGUCUAACCGCGCACCUGUCGCAGCUGGCGCGCGCGGGCGACGCGCUGUCGCAGCACGUGUUCGCGGAGGCGGGCGCGGCGCUGGCGCGGCACGCGGCGGCGCUGGCGCGGCGCGCGCCGCCCGCGCGCACGCGCGUCGUCUGCGUCGGCUCCGUGUGGAACAGCUGGCUCGCGCUGCGCCCCGGCCUGCUCGCCGUGCUCGCCGAGCGCCGGAUAAAUAUGGAACUGGAAUUGGUUCGGCUCCGAGUUUCAAGCGCUAUGGGAGCUGCGUGGCUCGCGGCCAAGCACGUCGACUACAAUCUGCCCCGAGACGAUACAGCAUUUUGCGAGGUAUUUUACACAUACAGACCGGAGAACGGGAAAAUAAAUGGUCACAAGGAGAAUGGUUUCAUUGGAUGCGGAUGCAGCGACUUUUGGAGCUAGUUUCUAUUGUCAUGAGUUUUCAAGUAAAUCUAGGUCUUAGCUGAAGUCUGGGUUUAAUCUAGACUGCAUUUAGGUAUCAAUAAUUCAAUAAACAGAUAUUGAAUAUUAAAACUUUUUUAUAUAGGUAACAUCAUGUGAGAAGUUUAAGGCAACAUCCUGUAUAAUUUAACUUGAUAAUUUCAAAUGCAUUUCCCUUAAUUGUAAGGUUUAAUGUUCAAUGUUAGUUACUUCAUAUACAGGGUGCAAUUUUUUAAUGCCACUAAUAGCAAAAUACCUGGAAUAAAGUAGAUACUUUCUUCUUCAAUUCAUGGCUAUGGCUCAUUUCCUUUGUUUGAAUUAUCAAGUUUGUCAAAAAUUGAGUAUACAGGAUGUAAUGUUAACAAAUCUAAAUAAAUUCUAUUAAGGGAUACCGUAAUAUAUUAAAAACCAUACGGACACCAUAUAGGAUUAUUCGAAAAACUUUCUUCGUUUUCUUAUUUAAAGAAACAAUGGAAUUAAUUGAGUAAUAAAUUAUAUUAUGCAAUAUUCAGAAUACUUUCCCUUUUAGAUGGCAUGAAAUAAUUACACACUGUAGUCAUUAUAAUACCAUCUCACAUCAGUCAAAAGAAAAGAAAGAGACAGAUAGAUUUAAGAUCUAUGUGCCAAAUAUAUUUUUUUACAUUUUGAAUGUUUGUUAUAUGGUCAGCAUGUGUUUCGACAAAUAAUUAUUUCUAAAUAUCAAAAUUGUUCAGAAGUAUUGAUAAAAAAGCUAGAUUCCUUUUUUAAUGUUAUAAUUCAUUAAAAAAAGGUUGAAUUAUUGUGACCAAUUAAGUUUUCCAAAUUAAUUGUGUAAUGGUGUUACAUUAAUGGAAAUAUAUUAGGGUCUGAACUUUGUGAGAUCUGAUUAGUUGAUACAAAAUAUAUUUAAAUAUACCUAUACCCAUAAAACGGAUUUAUCUAUAAAACGUACAGGUAUUAUUUAAGUGACUUUAUAAUUGUAAAAUAUAAACGUUUUUAAAACGUUAGUCGUAGCAUAUAAGAGGUAAUAUAACAUACUCGAAAGUACGAGGCACAUUUUUGGUCCUAUACAUUGUGAAACUAAUUUAUACUCACAAUAAAAAAACUAGUCUGGUUGAACGAGCUUGCCCCAGGAACUUGUAUCGAAAAAUUUGUACAUCGAUUCUCGGCUAAAUCCAUCACAGAACAGAUAUAAGAGCCUUUUAUCAGCUCAUAAAAGCCUAGGGCCAUGUAAAGGCCCAACAAGAGCCUUGAGGACGACACAGAGGCGCCGCGUAUAUAUUUUGAAAACGUUCAUAUAUUUGAAUGUCUUAUAUACCUAUGAACUCAUAAUAAGACAUAUUUAAGCCUGUAUAUUGACAAAAACCUCACAAACAUUGAAAAUUAUACAUUGCUUGCCAUGUAUAGACACCAUCUGGAACUAUCUAAGCGAUAGCGCAUUACAGUGCGUACAAUGCGAUUCACUAGUGUGGAUAUCGGAGUACAUAUUAGGAGACAAGCGGUGACAUGUGUUCUAGCACUAAUCAGAAAUUCUUUCUAACCUCUUUUAUCUGCUCUGUGAUAUAGAUAUAGGUCUAUAGUCUAUUACCUAGGCCAUAGUUUUAUAUAGUCACUAAUCAAUACAACCUAUGAGAAUCAAUGAAAAAUAACCCUCUUAAAGGCAGACGGAUUUGCAUCAAUCAGCUAGUAAACUUCUCAAAAUGUAAAACCAAAAAUGUGUAUCUUAAGAGUUCUAUUGUAGUCAUGUAUCAAAGUAGUUUUAAAGUUGUUUAUUUUAGAAAUAUGAUAGUUCCUAAAUCAUCUAGUUUUAGACUUAUAAUCAUUGUUUUUACUUAUGUAACAUGUAGAAAAGGUUAUUUCAGUUACGAUCUUAAUACGGGGUGAGUAUAUUGAAUUGUUUAUAAUUGAUAAGUUAAAGAAUAUAUACCUACGUAUAAAAGAACGUAAUUUCUGUCUUAGUUUCGCUUGAAAAUAGCAUAUAAUGUCAUUUUUUUACGAUUUGCGACUUUAUUACAUGGUAGCAUGGUUGUAGUUAGGUUGAACGAAAACAAUAAAUCGCAGUCUUUCACGCUUUAGAAAGAGCUCUAGUGUCAAUCAGAGGCAAUAAUAUUAUAUGGUUUCUAAUAAUAUAAAUAGAAACAUUAUAAGUAUGUUUGUACAGUUAGUAUAUUGUGUUAGAAAACUUUAAAAUUUUCUUCCCGAAGAUUUUGUUUUUUUCUAUUUACAUAGGGACCAAUGUAUUUAGUGUGUAUUAUACAUAUCCUCAGUUAUUAUAUUUGGCAAAAUUAUUUUUAUAAAUAAAUGGAAAAAAA